UUACGCAUUAUUUCAUUGUUUAGAUAAAGAAUUUCUCCCACCAACUAUGACAAAUUUAAGUGAUCUAUUUCAACAAUUAUUACAACAUCCGCUAUUAUCUGGUACGGAUCGAUGGAUUCUAUCACGAUUAGCUUAUGCUACAAUGCAAUGUCAUCGAGGCUUUGUAGAAUUUCAAUUUCCUUUAGCUACAACGGCAUGUUAUAAUUUUUGGUUGUAUGAAUUAUGUGAUGUGUAUUUGGUGAGUGAAUUUUUGAACGGGGAAUUUUUUGAUGUGUUUAUAUAA